AUGCUACGACUGCUAGUGGAGUCAGCCCAGAUUAUCCCGUCCCUAAGCCCUACACCCAAACCCUGUCUGAUCGUCUCCUUCAGAGAUGUCAAGAAGAGAACUCAGGUGGCGGAAGGGAACAACCCCACUUGGAAUGAGACUCUCAUCUGGCACCUCUGGAACCGCCCACUGGAAAAUGACUCCUUUCUACAAGUCAUUCUUCAGGACAUGGCCUCCAUGAAGGAAGAAAGGUUCAUUGGCCUGGCCACUGUACUGCUCAAGCCAUUGAUGAAACAACCAAAUAAGAUCCUCUCGCUGCAUAACCUGGUCCUGCUCAAUCAUUCUAUGGAGCCAACACCUUGUACUCUCAACCUGAAGGUGGCCUAUUUAUCCCCCCAGCAUAUUAAGAAAACAAGUAACAAAGACCCCUUGGGCAUAACUACGAAAGAGGCAACCCAGCAAAAAUGGAUGGCCCCUGGCACUGUGAUGCACAGGGCUCUGUUCUCCAAACCCCAGCAUUUUCAGGUUCGGGUGAGGGUGUUCGAAGCCCGACAGCUCCUGGGCAACAACAUCAAGCCGGUGGUGAAGGUGACCAUUGCUGGCCAGCAAUACAACACGCGGAUCAAGAUGGGAAACAACCCUUUCUUCAAUGAGAUCUUCUUCCAGAAUUUCUAUGAGGUUCCUGCAAAGUUCUUUGAUGGGAUAAUCUCAAUCCAGGUGUUGAACUCCUCAGCAAAGAGAUACGAAGCAGAGAUUGGGAGAUUUCAAACAGAUAUUGGGUUUAUCUACCAUCUUCCAGGUCGCACACUUUUAAGGAAAUGGUUGGGCCUCUGCCAGCCAAAUAAACCUGGCAGUGGUGUACAAGGCUACCUGAAAGUCACCAUGUGUGCCCUCGGCGUGGGAGACCAGGAGCUGGUAGACCAGAAGCUUCCGUACAGGGCGGCUUCGGAGGUGGAGAUCUUCAAGUCCACCGCAGUCCCCAUCAACCUGGCCUACUUCCAGCUCUUCAUCUACUGUGCGGAGGACCUGCAUCUCAAGAAAUACCAGUCAGCCAAUCCCGCACUAGAGGUGGAAAUAAUUGGGGAAAAGCUCAGAACGCAUACGUGGACGAAAAGCGACAACCCCAUAUGGAAUCAGAUCCUGACCUUCCAGAUUCAGCUGCCCUGCCUCUCCAGCUACCUCAGGUUCAGACUCCUGGACUGCUCCAGGAGGGACUGCCAGGAAGAAAUCGGCACUGCCAGUCUGUUCCUCAACCAGAUCUCGUCCACUGGCGAGGAGAUCGAAGGACUGUACUCUGGCUUCCUGCCCUGCUUCGGCCCCAGCUUUCUGGUCUUCCACGGGGGUAAAAAGGCUCCCUUCAGGAUCCAGGAGGAAGACGCUUGCAUUCCUGACACUGUUAGAGAUGGUCUAGCUUAUCGAGGCCGAGUCUUCCUGGAGUUAACCACCCAAGUCAAGUUCCAUCAAGACACCACAAUAAAAGAUCUCUCCCAGGAAGUGGUCAAGAUAGAGAAACAGCAGAACCGCCAAAAGUACGGGCUGUGCGUCGUCUUCCUCUCCUGCACCAUGAUGCCCAAAUUUAAGAAUCUGAUCCAAUUCGAGGUCAGCAUGGGCCACUACGGGAACAAGAUGGACCUGAACUACAAGCCUCUAGUCUCAACGACACAAUACAGCCCGGUGAUAUAUGACGGAAGCAAAUACCACUAUGUGCCCUGGUACAACACCAAGCCCGUCGUGGCUGUGACCUCCUCCUGGGAGGACGUCGCCUUCCGCCUGAGCGGUGUCAAUCGCCUGCAUGUCACUCGGGAGCGCCUGAAGGCCAAUCUGGCUGUCCUGAAAUCCAUACGGAAUCCCAAGGACCCGGCUCUGCUGCGACAAUGGGAGAAGCUGCUGAAGGAGCUGGUGGAGGACUGCAGGUACUCUCUGCCCAGCAUGAUGGAUCACCCUAAAGCCACCAUCCUGGACAAGAAUAAGUGGCGGGUCCGUCGCCUCCUCCUGAAGGAACUAGAGCAGAAGGCCAGGGAAGCCCAGCCCAGGAACAUGGUGGCCACCGUGGAGGGCUGGCUGCGCCGCCUCCACACGGUGCUUCUCGAGCCUCAGAUGAGCCUUCCAGAUGUGACCAUCUGGCUGAUGGCUGACGAGCAGCGAGUGGCUUUUGCUCGGGUGCCCGCCCACACCGUCCUCUUCUCCAGAGCGGGGCCCUUGUGGUCUGGCAGGUUCUGCGGGAAGAUUCAGAACCUUCUCCUCCAGUACCCAGACGGUGGAGGAGAGCAGAACACAUUCCCAGCCCAUCUCCGGGUCUGUAUGUGGCUGGGCAAUGUUGCCGAUAGCAAGAACCUGCAGCUGCUCCAUCAGGGGGACUUGGUGGUCUAUGCGGAGACGUACGAAAACCAGGCCAAGCAUAAGGACCAGUGGGGGCAGAAGGGACUGGACCGCUGUCCUGGCUUCUCGGACGUCCUGGGGCACAAGGCCCUCUCCAAGGCGGACUUCAGUGAGCCCACGGGGUGGCACUGGCAGGGCAACUGGAUAGUGGAGCCCCAGAGAAGACUGCUCCUAGACACGGACAUCAACAAGAGCCAGGUGCUGGAGGAGGUGUACGAGAACCAGACCCGCGACGCCACGGGGGCCUGGGGGCCCGCAGACACGCCCCACACUGACCUGAACGGACAGCCUGUGAAGGCCCUGGAGGAUAUGGAGUGUCCCCAAGGCUGGCACUUUGAGAAGAACUGGAUUGUGGAGCACAACCUGGCGGUGGACCAUGAAGGCUGGGAAUACGGCGUGGGCAUCCCACCCUCAGGCCUGCCCCAGGUCUGGAACUCAGUGGAAAAGACCUACCACACCUGCCGGCGGCGGCGCUGGGUGCGAGUGCGUUUUCGGAACCACCAGGAGCAGGACAAGGAGCAGGAGACCCUUUCCUUCCUGCAGCUGGAUUUGGCCACAGAGGGCGAGGAGGGCUGGGAGUAUGGCACCUUUGGCUCCAAGUUCCACCUGGACCCCCAGCCUCACAGCCAGUUCCGCCGCCGCUGCUGGCACCGCAGGCUCGUACCCAACCAGGACAGGGACAUCGCUUCCAUAUUCCUCCUGGAAGGAACCCUGGUAAAGCUGCUGCGGGCUGGGCGACGCCUACCUGUGGUCCCCUCAGCAGGGCAGCAGGGCCCUACCUGGUUGGGUGCGACGGACUUGAAAGAGCACCUGAUGCAGGAACAGUACAGGGAAGCGCGGUCCCAGAAGCCUGUGCGAGAGGACGCCUCCCUCUCCUCCACGCCCUUCAUCUACUGCACGCUCAACAAGCCCCACUACUACCAGCUCUUCUGCUACAUCUACCAGGCCCGGAACCUGAGGUCCAGCCACACCCUGACUUUCCAGGGGACCUUCAUCCGGGUGAUCUUCUUGAACCACAGCCUGUGCACUCAGACCUUGAUGAGCUCCGCAGCCCCGACGUGGGCCCAGACCAUCAUCUUCCAGCACCUCCUGCUGUACGAGAACCCCCGGGACACUGAAGAGAGCCCCCCGCUGGUGGUGCUGGAGCUCUGGCAGCAUGACUCCAAGGGAAAGGAAGUCUUAUGUGGAUGGAGUAUGUGGCCUCCGGCGGUCUGGCUGGACAUUGAGGACCGGGCACUGCCCCCCCUAAGGUGGCGCCCUGUUCUGACAGAGCUUGGGGAGGAAGAGUAUGAGGUCUUGUCAUCCUGUGAGCUGAUCCUUGAGACUGAGAAGCUGAAGGAGAAGCAGCUGCCGAUCUUAAGCAUACCCUGGAAGGACAAGAUCUACACACUGCCCAAGAACAUUCAGCCCACCAUGAGGAAGAUGGCCAUUGAGGUGCUGCCUUGGGGCCUUCGGAACCUGGGGAAAGUGCGCUACCCCCAGCUCCUGGUGGAAUUUGGGGAAGUGUCUGUGAGGACCUCAGCCAUCCGUGACGUUGAGACCAACCCCAACUUUCCUGACUCCACCCUGUUCCUCACGGUGUUCAUGCCUACAGAGGAGGCCUAUGCGCUGCCCCUCGUGGUGAAGGUGGUGGACACGCAGCUCUACGGCCAGCAAGUCGCGGUGGGGCAGGCCACUGUCGACCACCUCCAGCCCUACUUCUGUGACCCCUGGAGACUCGAUUACACCCCCCCAGAGUUCCCAGUGUUGUCUCGGAAGAAGCACCAUCCCUUCUUAGGGAACCUCUAUGGGAAGUUCUGGUUCAAGUCCAGCAAGGCUGAGGAUGAAUUUGAACAUGAGGUGGACUGGUGGAGCAAGCUGUUCUGGGCCACAGGCGAUGACCACAAGUCCCUGAAGUAUAAGCACAAAGACUACCACACCCUAAAGGUGUAUGACUGCGAGCUGGAGGCUGUGCCGGCCUUCCAAGGCCUGCAGGACUUCUGCCAGACCUUCAAACUCUACGAGGAGCAGCCCCAGGCCGACAGCCCUGUCGUGGGGGAGUUCAAGGGCCUCUUCCGCAUCUACCCCUUUCCUGAGAACCCCGAAGAACCCAAGCCCCCGCGCCAGUUCACGACUUGGUCUGAGACGGAGGACUUCCCGCAGCUGUGCUUGGUGCGUGUGUAUGUGAUUCGCGGCAUGAACCUGCAGCCACAGGACUUCAAUGGCCUGUGCGACCCUUAUGUGACCCUGCAACUGGGGCAGACAAAGCUCGGCAACCGGGACUUAUACCAGCCCAACACUCUGGACCCCAUCUUUGGCAUGAUGUUUGAACUUACCUGUAACAUUCCUCUGGAGAAGGACCUGCAGAUCCAGCUCUAUGACUUUGACCUGUUUUCCCCUGAUGAUAAGAUCGGAACCACAGUCAUUGACCUUGAAGACCGACUCCUGUCUGGCUUUGGAGCCCGAUGCGGGCUUUCCAAGUCCUAUUGCCAGUCAGGGCCCUUUCAGUGGAGGGACCAGAUGCUCCCCAGCGACCUCCUGGAGCGCCAUGCCAAGCGGAAAGGCCUGCCUCCACCCGUGUUCAGCGCCAAGGAUGACUCUGCUUUUUACAAUGGGGAGAAAUUCAACUUGAAAAACUUCGAGCCCAAGCCCCCUGAUGUUUACGGUUUGGGACCCAAGAAAGAGCGGCUAGCACUGUACAUCCUGCACGCCCAGGGGCUGGUACCUGAGCACGUGGAGACCCGCACACUGUACAGUGACAGCCAGCCAGGCAUCGACCAGGGAAAGGUACAAAUGUGGGUGGACAUUUUCCCCCAAAAGCUGGGGCCUCCUGGCCUCCCAGUCAACAUCAGCCCCAGAAAACCUAAACGGUACGAGCUGCGCUGCAUCAUCUGGGAAACUGACCACGUGGACCUGGUGCACGAGGCGCUAAGUAGAGACAAGAUGAGCGACAUCUACGUCAAAGGGUGGCUAUUUGGGAUGGAGGAGGACAUGCAGAAGACAGAUGUCCACUACCGCUCCAUGACCGGGGAAGGCAACUUCAACUGGAGGUUCAUCUUCACCAUGGACUACCUGGCGGCGGAGUGCGUGUGUGUCCACAGUCAGAAGGACUACAUAUGGAGCCUGGACCCCACACGGAUGACGUUCCCGGCGCGGCUCAUCAUCCAGAUCUGGGACAACGACUUCUUCGCCAGGGACGACUUCAUAGGGGUGCUGGAGCUGGAUUUAUCAGACAUGCCCCUUCCCGCCCGCACGGCCGCGCAGUGCUCCCUCGGCAUGAUGGACCCUGCUCCCAAGUGGCCCCGCCGCCAGCACAAGCGCUUCUCCCUCUUUAAGAAGAUGACCGUCACGGGAUGGUGGCCUUGCCAAGUCCAGGAUGGGGACAGAUGGCGCCUGUCGGGCAAAGUGAAGAUGUCUCUGGAGGUCCUGACAGAGAAAGAUGCCCUCAUCAGGCCAGCGGGACGAGGCCAAUCGGAGCCCAACCAGUACCCGACGCUCCACCCUCCUCUACGCAGUGACACUGCCUUCAUGUGGCUGCGGUCACCUAUUAAAAACGUGUGCUUCGCUUGCUGCAAACGCUACCGCUACAAAAUCCUCGGCCUCGUCGUCAUAUUGUUUAUAGUGUUUAUACUGUUCAACUUCAUCUACUCAACCCCGAACUACUUGGCUAUGAACUUGGUCAGACCUGUGCUUCGCAUGUCCCCUCCCAUUAAAAUAAUCAACCUCAUCGGUUCCGCAAACACCACUAGAGACAGCUUCUCCAGCCUCACCACCCAACCUCCAACCUUACAGUCUACAGGAAACCCAGCCACGCCGCCGCUCCAGCAAGGAGGUAGUUCCCAGAACUACCAAAGCGUCGUCUUCCCAGACUUCCUGGAAUUCGCAGCUCCGUAAGUCAUUGUCCCCGCCGGCCCGGCUCCGGCCCCGCUCGCGACGCCAGCCCUCUGGGCUUCCCACCUCUUUCCGGUUUCUCUCUCCUAAGCAUACACAAGGGGCUUGGACAUAUUCUGUUUGGAAAUGGUUUCCAAUAAAAAGAGCAAAGCUGUCGUUUUUUUCAGUCAUCAGAAUAAACAAGUUUUAUAAAUAAAGUCACCUUAUAACUUGGGGUUGGGGAGGUUGAAGGCAAAAUGAAAGGCUGAAAUCGUCAGCUCUUCAGACAA